AUGGAUUGUUGUCUCAAUAUUAUUUCCAAAGUUCCAAUUCCCAUGUGGUGGAAUCCAAGAGAUAAUGUCGAAAGCGUUAUGUCAUCUAAUGAUUUCGAAAUAAAGCAUUCUCUUAAUAAUGAAAGUGAAAUAAAAAGACUUUGUGCAACUAAUAAAAAUGUUAAAAAAGCUUUAACACUACAAUAUUCAGAAAUGAACCAAUCCCUAAAUAAAGAAAACGAUAAAAAGAGACUUCUAGCAAUAAAAGAAAAAGAAAGAAAACAGAAAGCAAGGCGCGAAGUCACGAAUGAAAAGAAAAUAAGUGGACAAGAGAAGGAUAGACUGAGAAAACGUAUGCAAAAUAAUUUGGCAUGUAAGAGGGCAAAAUUAUUUAUGGAAAGUGAAGAUGAAAAGAAGAAACGCAAUGAAAAUAAUUUGGCAUGUAAGAGGGCAAAAUUAUUUAUGGAAAGUGAAGAUGAAAUGAAGAAACGCAAUGAAAAUAAUUUAGCAUGUAAGAAGGCAAAAUUAUCUAUUGAAAGUGAAGAUGAAAAGAAAAAACGCAAUGAAAAGAAUUUGGCAUGUCAGAAGGUACAAUUAUCUAUGGAAAGUGAAGAUGAAAAGAAGAAACGCAAAGAAAAGAAUUUGGCAUAUUCAAGUGUUGAAGGAAAAAAUUAUAAAGAAAAUAUUCGUCGUUAUAAUAAUUCGUUUGCUUUUGCUAGCAUGGGAGCUAAAUUAGAAAUUCCUAAAGGAUAUGGUCCUUAUGUUUUUCGUGUUCACGGACAAGUAUAUCAUAAUACAUAUGCUCUUCAUCCUGAUGAUAAUGAAAACCGAAAAUAUGGACAGUUGUACAUUCUUGAUACCAAUGAUGCAGUGCUUGAACGAUUAAAAAAUAAAUGUAAUGAGAAAUGUUUAUCAUCAAUAAUGGAAGAAAUAGAUAAAUUAUUAAGAGAAAUUAAUCCUUAUGCUAAAGCAUUUAAAAUGAUGAGAGAGGUAGAAAUAGUAGAAGAAUCACUAGCAAAAUCUAAAAAUAAACCUAUAAGAAAUAUUGAAAUGUGGAUUAAACGCGACAGAUCAUUGAAUCAAAGUAAAUUUAAUAUUCCAUCUUGUAGUGAAGUAGCAGUUGUAUUUGUUAGCGAAGAUGGUGAACCUCCUAUGGAACGUGAUAUAUGUAUACACCCAAAAGAUUCAAAGAGUGUUCCAAUUUCUAGUCUUAGUGAAAAUGUUGAUCCCAUGACAUAUCCUGUAAUAGGAUCUUUCAAUCCAUGUUUAAAAUUAGGAAAAUUAACUCAGCAAUACGUAGUUGAUGUCUGGUCGAAAGUAGAAGGUGAACGUUUAAAAAACAUUCGUUUACAACAAAGAAAACUUCAAGCAGAAUUGUAUUGUGGAUUAAUGGAUUAUAUUCACAAUAAAGCAAAAGACGAAAAUGUUCAACCUGGAAAAAUAAUUAUUUUGCCAUCAACGUUUAUUGGAGGACCACGUUGUUAUCAACAAUGUUUUAUGGAUGCUAUGCGAUUAGUUCAAGAAUUUGGAAAACCAGAUUUAUUUAUAACAAUGACAUGUAAUCCAAAGUGGCGUGAAAUUACAGAAAAUUUGUUGGAUGUUGAAACUGCGUCUGAUCGCCCAGAUCUUGUAGCUAGAAUUUUUCAACAAAAAGUGAAAGAGUUAAUGAAAGAAAUAAAAGACAAAGAAAUUUUUGGCCCAAUUAUUGCAUUUGUAUAUGUUAUAGAAUUUCAAAAACGUGGAUUGCCACAUGUGCAUAUAAUUAUAUUUUUACGUACACCAAUUCGAGAUGCAGAAACCUUAGAUAAAAUGAUAUGUGCGGAAAUACCAGACGAAACGAAGAAUCCGGAACUUUUUAAUAUUGUAAAGCAAUUUCAAGUUCAUGGGCCAUGUGGUAAACAAAACAUGAGUUCUCCUUGUAUGGAUCCUGAAAAGAAAGUUUGUACAAAACAGUAUCCGAAGCCUUUAUGUUCUGAAACAACUUAUGGUCAUAUUUGUGUUAUACCAUGUGGUAGUACGGAUGGUAUGAAAUAUUUAUUCAAAUAUAUGCAUAAAGGUCAUGACUCUGCAAUAAUAGGUUAUAAGGAUGAUAAUCAGGAAAUGGAAUAUGAUGAAAUUGAACAUUAUUUAAAUACACGUUAUGUAUGUCCACCAGAAGCAAUGCAUAGAUUAUGCGAAUUUAAUAUGCAUGAACAAUCACAUAAAACGUAUAGAUUAGCUGUACAUCUGCCUAAUCAACAAUCAAUAUGUUUUAAAGAAGGAUUGGAAGAAGAAGCAGUCCAUAAAUUUAAAAAUACUACAUUAACAGCAUGGUUAAAAUUAAAUGAAGAAAAUCCUGAGGCACGGAAGUAUUUGUACACAGAAAUACCACAUAAGUAUGUUUUUGUUGAAUCAUCAAAAACUUGGAAAAUAAGGGAACGAAUUACAAAACCUAUAAUUUGCCGCAUGUAUUUCGUAAGUCCGAAAGAUAUUGAAAGAUAUUUUUUUAAAAUCUUACUGCUUUAUGUACGUGGUGCUAAAUCGUUUGAUGAUGUAAGAACAUAUGAAGGAAUUACAUAUAAUACUUUUACAGAAGCAGCGCGUGCAAGAAAUUUGAUGGUAGAUGAUAGUGAAUGGGAUAAUUGUUUGACUGAAGCUGUAAGCAUAAAAUUUCCUAAAGAACUUUGUCGUCUAUUUGCAUAUAUAUGUGUGUUUGAAUUGCCUAUGAAUGCACUUGAUUUAUGGAAUAAGUACAAAGAACACAUGAUUUUUUAUAAUAAUGUACCCGAAGAAGUAGCACUUCAACAAGCAUUAAUAUUAAUUAAUGAAGUGCUUAAUUUUCAUGGAUUUGCUUUAAAUCAAUUUGGUUUGCCUAAUAUUGUUCAAAAAAUUCUCGAAGAUUAUACUUUUGUCGAUAAAGAAGCUAAUGCAUUAGCAUUAAAAUUGCUGAAAAAAGAAGCUGAAAUACUCAUUGAAAGUUUGAAUAAUGAACAGCGCAAAAUUUUUGAUGAUGUCAUGGCUGCAGUACAUAAUGAUAAUUGCAAAAAUAGGUACUUUUUCCUUUCUGCACCUGGUGGCUGUGGUAAAAGCUAUUUAGAAAACACAAUUAUUACUGCACUUGAAAGUGAAGAAUUGGUAGUUGUAGCAGUUGCAUGGACUGGUCUAGCAGCUAAUCUUUUAAGAGGUGGACGAACUUCACAUUUAAUGUUUAAAUUUCCUAUACCAAUCAAUGAAAAUUCAACAUGCAAUAUCAGUGGAAUGUCAAAACACGCUGAACUGUUAAGAAGUGCUAAAAUCAUUAUUUGGGAUGAAAUUACAAUGGCACCUAAAUUUGCUUUACAAGCAAUGGAGUCUAUGCUGCGAGAUAUUACACAAUGUAAUAAACCAUUUGGAGGUAAAGUUAUUUUGCUUUCAGGAGAUUUUCGACAAACAUUGCCAAUUGUUCCACAUGGUAGUCGCACACAUAUUGUUGAAGUAUGUGUGAAAAAUAAUAGAUUGUGGGAUCUUUUUGAAAGUAGGUCCUUAUAUGUUAACGUUAGAUUACAGAAUAAUGAUGUAGAGUUUUCAAAUUGGCUAUUAAAUGUUGGUGAUGGUAAACCUCAAUGUAUGAUUGAAAGAGAAAACAGUGUUUUAGAAAUACCACAGGAUUUGAUUUCUAAUGGGAAUUUAAAUGAUGAAAUUUAUGGAUCGUCAAUAAAUAAACAUAAUGAAUCUGUUCAUUCAGCUUGCAUUCUUUCAUUAACUAAUUCUGAGGUAUUAGAUUUGAAUGAACGUAUUUUGUUAAAAUUAGAAGGACAAGAAAUAAUUUAUUAUAGUGUUGAUUCACAUGUCGAUGAUGAUCGAAAAGAUAUAAAUAAUAUUGUUCCAAUAGAAUUUUUAAAUAGUCUAACACCAGACGGUUUGCCUCCUCAUAAAUUAUCUUUCAAGGUAGGAUGUAUAAUUAUGCUUUUAAGAAAUAUGAAUUUGGUUCAAGGAUUAUGUAAUGGGACUCGAUUAGUUGUAAAAUCAUUAUUGAGAAACGUAAUUUCUGCAGAAAUAAUUACUGGAAAAUCUAAAGGAGAAAUAGUUUUUAUUCCACGCAUUGAUUUAUCUCCUUCACCAGACACAUAUCCAUUUAAAAUGAUAAGAAGACAAUUUCCAGUUAGACUCGCUUAUGCCAUGACUAUUAAUAAAUCUCAAGGACAAUCUUUUGAUAAAGUAGGAAUAUAUUUACCAAUUUCAGCAUUUGGUCAUGGUCAAAUUUAUGUUGGUUGUUCUCGAGUUAAAUCUAAGGAACAUUUAAAAAUCCUUGCUCUUCAUUCUGCUGUGUACAGAAGUGUAGAAUUUCCUGAAAAGUCAUUUGUGAAGAAUAUUGUUUAUCACGAAAUACUUUGA